AUGUUGCAUAGUAGGUUCUUCCUAAAUGCGAUUUUCUUUAGCCUUGUUUUAACAGACGGGUCCUUGAAAACUGGCUAUGAUAAUUUACAAUGGGGUAAGAGGCUUCUGGGCAGGCUACUGACCAUUAUAGCCCAGAUCAGUCCCCUGGACUGCGCCGAGGAAUGUUUGAUCCGCUCCGAAUGUCUGUCAUUUAACUACAGGCGGGCCGAGAAAUUCUGUGAACUGAACUACGAGAGCGGCGAAGGCUCCAAUGCAAAGUUGUCAGAUGAAGAAGGGUGGAUCUUUAGCCGUCGAGAAUCUUGGCCUAUGGAAAUAUCAGAGGCAUGUAAGAACAUAAGAUGCGCUUUUAACCAAAAGUGUAUCAAAAAUUCUUACGUCUCCACUGAAUGCAAGCUAGCACAUUGUCAUCCAGUAGACUUACAGCUUCCACAAAAUGUUCAGAAUUUUAGUUCUGAAAAAGCUCUAAAUCUGGGGAGCAAGCACAGCUUAUCCUGUGUAGACGGAUAUAAUCCGUCUGGGGACGAGACCGUGGAGUGCCUGAGGAAUGGAACCUGGAGUGACGUCAAUAUCACGUGUCAUGAGUGUGUUACAGGAUGGAUUUGUAACAACGACAAAGGGACUUGCUACCGACGAAUUGGUACACCUUUAACUCAGGAAGCGGCGAUGAGGUCCUGCAGGAUCUGUGAUUCUUACCUUGUAGAAGUUAACGAUGAUGAGGAAAAUAGAUGGAUCACCGAGAAUGUACUAAAGGGCUUGUUCUGCAGUAAUGAGUAUUCCUGUGCCACGUGGACCGGAGCAAAUGAUAGGGAGGAGGAAGGCACCUUUGUCUGGGAACAUUCGAACACUCGAACUGGAAUGUUAAACUGGUCACCUGGAAAUCCCGAUGGAAAAGAUGGGAAAGAUUGUGUAGACAUGUUUUAUAAUGGGCAGUUUAACGAUAGACCGUGUGAGCACGAGAAUGCAUUCAUAUGUGAAAGAGAGGGUUUUCCUUGACAACAUUCAAAGUACAUGUAGCCUAAAAGCACACUUUACUGAUCAAGUUGACUUUGUGAUCAGAAAAAAAUACUUGGUUAAUAUUUAUUCAUUUGUAUGAUA